CAGGUGUCAGUUCGUCGAACCUCAAAGACCCAGGAGAUCAAGGUUCUAAUUCCCAGAAAACGAACCACCAAAAAGUGAGAAAUCCUCUAACAAACCCCGCGCGGGUAACCAGCCGGAACCUUGACCUCAAGAUGGCGUCGCGCAGUCAUCAUAAGAUUUCAAUCGGCUCCAAUCAAAAAUGGCAGGGUGGGUCGUAAUUUACAGCUCGAGCCUCUCUAGGUCCCACUAGGCGCUCCUUCUCUAUGGUUAUUCUUCUGUGCGUAGCGAGUCAGAGGCAACAGUGGAGACUAUCUAUGUACAAUCCUCUCUAUGGUUUCCCUUUUCCACGCCUCCUGGCGCAGUGCACGCCGGGCAAGAGGAAGACCUCUAGGAGCUCCCCGCGCUGCGCGGCUGUGUUUGCGGCCUAUUCGAGUAGGCGCUUCGGACCCGGUCUCUCAGUCCGGCGGCGCGCAGAAACCUCGAACCGGUGGAGCCCACCCGUAACCUGACGCCCAAGAGGCCGCGGAGACCGUACCGUUUCCUCAGCGGCGGGUACUAUACCAACUGCCUUCCUAAGAAAGUGCUGAGAUAGAGUAUUAAUAUAAUACAAGAGCUUCUGAGUCUAUCCUGAACUUAGUUCGUGUACAUUUUGGGAACUUAUUUUAGAAAAGAUCUAAGUUUUAAAAAAUUCUCAAUGGACAGACAGAGAAAAGAGGGUCUUUGCCAACUCCUUUGGACUGGUGCAGUCAGAAUGUCUUUCCCCCCUCAUUUGAAUCGCCCUCCCAUGGGAAUCCCAGCACUCCCUCCAGGGAUCCCACCCCCACAGUUUCCCGGCUUUCCUCCACCUGUACCUCCAGGCACACCAAUGAUUCCUGUACCAAUGAGUAUUAUGGCUCCUGCUCCAACUGUCCUAGUACCUACUGUGUCCAUGGUUGGGAAGCAUUUGGGAGCAAGAAAGGAUCAUCCAGGCUUAAAGUUGAAAGAAAAUGAUGAAAAUUGUGGUCCUACUACAACGGUUUUUGUUGGCAACAUCUCUGAGAAAGCCUCAGACAUGCUUAUACGACAGCUCUUAGCUAAAUGUGGCUUGGUGUUGAGCUGGAAGAGAGUACAAGGUGCUUCUGGAAAACUUCAAGCUUUUGGAUUUUGUGAGUAUAAAGAGCCUGAAUCUACCCUCCGUGCUCUGAGAUUAUUGCAUGACCUUCAGAUUGGAGAGAAGAAGCUACUUGUUAAAGUUGAUGCAAAGACAAAGGCACAGUUGGAUGAAUGGAAAGCAAAGAAGAAAGCUUCUAAUGGGACUGCCAGACCAGAGACUGUCGCUAAUGAUGACGAAGAAGCCUUAGAUGAAGAAACAAAGAGAAGAGACCAGAUGAUUAAAGGGGCCAUUGAAGUUUUAAUACGUGAAUACUCGAGUGAGCUAAAUGCUCCCUCACAGGAGUCUGACGCUCACCCCAGGAAGAAGAAGAAGGAAAAGAAGGAGGACAUUUUCCGUAGAUUUCCAGUGGCACCAUUGAUCCCUUACCCACUCAUCACCAAGGAGGAUAUAAAUGCUAUAGAAAUGGAAGAAGACAAAAGAGACUUGAUAUCCCGCGAGAUCAGCAAAUUCAGAGACACACACAAGAAACUGGAAGAAGAGAAAGGCAAAAAAGAAAAAGAAAGACAGGAAAUUGAGAAAGAACGGAGAGAAAGAGAGAGGGAACGUGAAAGGGAACGAGAAAGGCGAGAACGGGAACGAGAAAGGGAAAGAGAACGUGAACGAGAAAAGGAAAAAGAACGGGAGCGGGAACGAGAACGGGAUAGGGACCGUGACCGCACAAAAGAAAGAGACCGAGAUCGAGAGAGAGAUCGUGACCGUGAUCGAGAAAGGAGCUCAGAUAGAAAUAAGGAUCGGAGUCGAUCAAGAGAAAAAAGCAGAGAUCGGGAACGGGAACGGGAAAGGGAAAGAGAGCGAGAACGGGAACGAGAAAGAGAACGGGAACGAGAGAGAGAAAGAGAACGGGAGCGUGAAAGAGAGAAAGACAAGAAAAGAGACAGGGAAGAGGAUGAAGAAGAUGCAUAUGAACGAAGAAAACUUGAAAGAAAACUGAGAGAAAAAGAGGCUGCUUAUCAAGAGCGCCUUAAGAAUUGGGAAAUCAGAGAACGAAAGAAAACCAGGGAAUAUGAGAAAGAGGCGGAAAGAGAAGAAGAAAGAAGAAGAGAAAUGGCUAAAGAGGCUAAAAGACUGAAAGAAUUCCUAGAAGAUUAUGAUGAUGAUAGAGAUGAUCCGAAGUACUAUAGGGGGAGUGCGCUUCAGAAACGGUUGCGUGAUAGGGAAAAAGAAAUGGAAGCUGAUGAACGGGAUAGGAAGAGAGAGAAGGAAGAACUUGAGGAAAUCAGGCAACGUUUACUGGCGGAAGGACAUCCAGAUCCAGAUGCAGAGCUCCAGAGGAUGGAACAAGAGGCUGAGAGGCGCAGACAGCCUCAAAUAAAGCAAGAGCCAGAAUCAGAGGAGGAGGAAGAAGAAAAGCAAGAAAAAGAAGAAAAACGAGAGGAACCUAUGGAAGAGGAAGAAGAACCAGAGCAAAAGCCUUGUCUCAAACCCACUCUGAGACCCAUCAGCUCGGCUCCAUCUGUGUCCUCUGCCAGCGGCAAUGCAACACCCAACACUCCUGGGGACGAGUCUCCUUGUGGUAUUAUUAUUCCUCAUGAAAACUCACCAGAUCAACAGCAGCCUGAGGAGCAUAGGCCAAAAAUAGGACUAAGUCUUAAACUGGGUGCUUCCAAUAGUCCUGGCCAACCUAAUUCUGUGAAGCGAAAGAAAUUACCUGUAGAUAGUGUCUUUAACAAAUUCGAAGAUGAAGACAGCGAUGAUGUGCCCCGAAAAAGGAAACUUGUUCCCUUGGAUUAUGGUGAAGAUGAUAAAAACGCUACCAAAGGCACUGUAAACACUGAAGAAAAGCGCAAGCACAUUAAAAGUCUCAUUGAGAAAAUUCCCACAGCCAAACCUGAGCUCUUUGCUUAUCCUCUGGAUUGGUCUAUUGUGGAUUCCAUACUUAUGGAGCGAAGAAUCAGGCCAUGGAUCAAUAAGAAAAUCAUAGAAUACAUAGGUGAAGAAGAAGCUACGUUGGUUGAUUUUGUUUGUUCUAAGGUUAUGGCACAUAGUUCACCACAGAGCAUUUUAGAUGAUGUUGCCAUGGUACUAGAUGAAGAAGCCGAAGUUUUUAUAGUCAAAAUGUGGAGAUUAUUGAUAUAUGAAACAGAAGCCAAGAAAAUUGGUCUUGUGAAGUAAAACUCAUUUUACAGUCAGAGUUACAUUUCAGAUUUCUUCUUUCACACCCUUCAAAGAACUUUGAAUUUUGUGUCUUCAAAGACAUUUGUGAGAUCUGUAAUUUUUUUAAUGUAGAAAAUGUGAAUUCUUUUGUCCUCUAAUUUGUUGAUGCCCUGUGUACGCACUUGGUUGUAAAGUCCUCUGAAUCCCUGGUUGUCUUUAUACUCACCAGGUACAAAUUGCUGGUGUGUUUUAUAAGCUGCAGCUACUGUACACAGCCUAUCUCAUGUAAUCUUGUUCUGCUGAUUUGUUCCUUGUAAAUAUUGAAAUGAUUCCCCAGUUCUUUUGCAGGAUUCCACCUAAUAUUAAAAUUGUACUGUAUAGGCACCAACGUAAUAAUUUGAAUACUAGUCAUACCUAUUACCAUCUCAUCCCACUCCCCUGAUCAGAAAUUACAAGCCCUUUUAAAGGCAUGGAGUUUAAAAUUAGAGUGCAAAACCUAGCAGACAGUCAUUCCUAAUGUUUCUCUGUAUUAAUGUGUUUAUGUGAGUGUAUGUAUAAAAGUCUUUUUUAAAUUUUCUUUGGUGGGCUCCCUUAAACAUUUUAUAAUUCACCAGUAGAUUCAUAAAGGAAAAGUGAUAAUUGUGCCAACCCAAGUAACUACUAGUAUGAUUAAGAUGCGAGUUUCCCAGAUCUUGGUAUUCUGCAGUGAGUAACAGUCUGCUAAAUCAGAUUUUUGUUUCUGAAUAGGAUGAUACAUCAUAGUCUUUACUUCUCCAAUUUGAUGGUUCAGAAUUGAAACAGAUUCUAAAGUUCUAGAACAUUUUACUCAGUACAUCUUCUACUUCAUUUAAUUUGGGUGUGUUCCUUUUUAUAAAGCAGAAUUAAUUCCAAAAGUAUAUAAGGGUGGGUGGGUGAAGGAGCCCAACUUCUUUAAAACAAAUGACCAGGGAGUACCUCAAGGGGAGAGCUUACUAUGCUUAGCAUAAAAGAGGGCCUGGGUUCUGUCCCUAGCACCAAUAAAUAAGGUAAGUUUACAAAAGAUUUUGACAAAACAUAAUUGUAAUCCACCAUGGUAGUAAAGUGUUUACAUCUUUUUUCUGAAGAUUCAUCAUUCAUUGCAGUUUCCUGCCCACAAAUUUUUAUCACUAGUCAUCAAACUUUAAAUAUAGUGAUGACUUGUUUAGAGACAUCCUUGGACUUAAUUUGUAAUUCAGAAGAUCACCAGGGGACAAAAUUUAUUUGAAAAGUACCAAGUUCUAAAUAUUGCUUAUAACAAAUAAGGUGCAGCUUUUGCCAUGUUAGUUUAUUAAAAGGUAAAGACUGGCUUGUGAGGAUAAUGUAACUGUGAGCUUGAGUUACUAAGGUUUUUUUUUUCCCCCCCUUAAACAUCUUGAGGACAUCAAAAACAAUGUUCUUAAUGUUGAACCUUGACAUGGUUUCCUUAUGUAAAUAUUUCAGUUAUUAAAAAUGUAUAUAUUUGAUCUUGGAGAUGCUUCCUUUGAGUCUUGUAAAUAAAUGGCAUUAUGUUAUA